GCAACCAUCUACUUUUUAAAAUUUAUUUAUAUACUAUUUGGAAUAGUUCAAGUUAUUAGUUGGUUUGCAUAUUUAUAUUAUUGUAGAUGGGGUUAUUUAUAGUACAUGUGCCUUAGAAAGGUUAAGUUUUUGUUAUUGAGUAGGUUGCAGACCAAGUUCUACUGUGUGUUGAAGUUAAUAUUGUUGAAAGAAACAUGUCGAAUAAAGAACCAGGACUUAUCUCACUAGAAUACAAGAAUGUUCGAGCUGGAAAAGAACUUGAUACCACCUGGACCUACAAGAAAUUCCAAGAAAACUUUAGAGUCGUGAUAGUGCGCUGCGAAAAUUAUGAAAUGGAAUUCGAUUUGAUUGGGAUUCAUCCAUUCCUUGCAAAUGCCUUCCGUAGAAUUAUGAUCUCUGAUGUACCAACAAUGGCAAUAGAGAAAGUGCACAUUUAUAAUAACACAUCAGUAAUGCAGGACGAAAUAUUGGCACACAGAUUGGGAUUGGUGCCAUUGAAAGCAGACCCAGGAUUAUUUGAAUUUAAAGAAAGCGAAACAUCUGAGGCUACUGCUCAAGAUACACUGCAAUUUGAGCUAAAAAUGAAGUGUUCUAAAAAUAAAGAAAAUAAGGAUUCAUCCAGGCACGACGACAUUUAUAAGAAUCACCAUGUUUUGUCUAAGCAUAUUAAGUGGAUGCCCAUUGGGAAUCAGGCAGAGUUACACAAGGAAGAGAAUAUUAGGCCUAUCCAUGAUGAUAUAUCGCUUUUGAAAAUGAGGCCUGGGCAUGAGAUUGAUUUGCAGAUGUUUGCUGUUAAAGGCACAGGAAGGGAUCAUGCGAAAUUUUCGCCAGUCGCUACUGCGUUUUACCGCCUCUUGCCGGAUAUCAAAUUAACCAGAACAGUGGAAGGCGAACAGGCCGAAAGAUUGCAGAAAUGUUUUUCGCCAGGUGUGAUAGCAUUGAGGAAAUCUGAAGGGAAAUGCGUGGCAGUCGUCAACGAUUCUAGAUACGAUAUGUGCAGUAGGAAUGUGUUCAAGCACGAUGAUUUGAAAGACUCAGUUGUGAUGGGAAGAAUAGAGGAUCAUUUCAUAUUUACCAUUGAAUCAGUGGGCAAUUUGAAAUCGCACCAAAUAUUCAAAGAGGCAAUAAACAUCCUCAAGAAGAAAUGUAAGACCUUGCUAGACGAAAUCGAUAUUUCCAACUAAAUGUAUUUAACAAAUCUGAUCACUUUUAAUCAUAUAAAAACAUAAAAUAUAAAUAAUA